CAGUUAGGCCAUGUUUAGGAGCCAUCAAUUUCUGUGACUCUUCUCCCUCUGUCUCUCCACCAAUGUCUGCAACUCCCAAUAGUAUCGGUGUUUCGGCCGAUACGGGGCCCACGACCCCCACCGAAUUAUCGGACGAUGAGCCCCCGGUACGCGUCACCAUCGAUCUCGUCGCCGCCGCCAGACGUCACAUAGCCUUCCUGAGAGCGGUGGCCGAGUCGGAGUGGCUUCACCAGGAAUCCACUCUGCUCGAGUCCAUCAGGAGGUAUGAUGAGCUGUGGAUGCCGUUGAUUUCUGAUCUUACGGUGGGGUCAACGCCUCCCAUGAUUCUUCCUCCAGUUGAUGUUCAGUGGGUUUGGUACUGCCACACCUUGAACCCGGUCAGUUACCGGCGAUACUGCGAGUCAAGGUUCUCGAAAAUUAUUGGAAAACCAGCCAUUUUCGAUGAAGAGAAUGAGGAGUAUGCAGUGAUGAGGUGCAGGGGAAUUUGGGUCCAAAGAUACCCAACCGAGCCUUUUGAGAAUGAGUUGGAUUCAGAUUCCCAAUACCCAGAUGCUAGAAACGAGGAUCUUCUGAUUGAAGUGAAGAAACAGAGACUUCUGUAUUCCAAGUUUUCAGAGCCAUACAUGUCUGAAUUGGUUUAUUUAAUUGCAGCAAGAGAAAGAUACAAGGGGUUUCUCUGUAUUUUGCAGAGAUAUGGAGAUGGGUGUCCCCGGUUGGUGCUUGCUGCAGAUAUUUCACUCCUGUGGCUGACCCAUCAGAGUUACCCGACAGUAUAUGCUGGAGACAUGGAGAUUGAGGAUAUUAAUAGGAAGGUGGUGGGGGUGUGGGAGAAGGUGAAGGAAGAAGAGCUGGAAGCAACCAGAAAACUGUGGGAGAGCAUAUACAAUCAACCAUACGAGAAAGCAGGUGGGCAAGUGGCCAUGGAUUUGGGAGAGGUUGUUUCAGUCAAGCCACCAGUUUACUGGGAGGUGUCCAACUGUGAUGUCAACACUAAAUACAAGUCAAUGAUGCCUAGGUUCUUACUUGAGGUCUGUGUGCAUGUGAGGCUUAACCCAAUGAAGGUAAUGCAAGAAGAUAUGAAAAAGAAGUUCUUACGUCUCCGAAUAGUAAGAUGUCACAGGGAGCUCAAGAUGGAUAAACCCUUCUCCAGUUUCUCUUCAGAUUCAUGGGAAAAAACUUGGCAUCUCUACUGUGAGUUUGGAACCAAAGGAGUUGUGCUUGACCUCCGUCUCCGUGGUGGCCGCUGUUUCAAAGGAAGUAGCUCCAAAGACAUGGUAGCAGUUCUUUGGAAUGACUUACUACGUUCACCUUCCCUUACAUUAGAGAGUAAAGUUGAUGAACAAGUGAGAGUUGUUGUUUCAAUAACUCCACCAGCCCAAGCACCAUACUUGUUCAAAUGUGUGCCAGAUAGGGUCACUGAUGAUUCAGGGGCCAUGAUAUCAGAUGUGGUCCUAAGGAUGAACAGUUAUCGGCCUCAAGAAGGUAGGUGGUUGUCUCGGACUGUUUUGGAUCAUGCAGGGAGAGAGUGUUUCGUGGUUCGAAUGCGAGUGGCUGGAGGAUUUUGGAGGAGAGGGGGUGAAACUCCAUCAGCAGUGAAAAGGGAGGAUCGGAUUAUAGAGAUACGUGAAGGUUCUUGGUCUUAUCUUGCUGGUACCAUUGGUAGACUUCCUGAGAAAGUGGUAGGAACAGCAACACCAAAAGAACCCCCAGACCAUCAGAAAUCAGCAUGGUGUUUUUCCACUGGAGAUGAACUGACUAUACAUUGGGACUUAUCGUCAUCAACAGCAGGCCUCAAUUUUAGUUUACAAAAUCAAACAUGUCCUGAUUCAUUGCAGGUGAAGUUGUUGAAAGGAAGGAAAAUGCAGUACCAAGCAAAGAAAUUCAAUUCCCAGAAAGAGAAAGCCAAACAAAACAUGAACAAUGGGCAAGAGGUGGAUGAGGAAGAUGAUGAUGAUGAUGAAGGGUUUGUGACACUUGUUCGGUUCACAGAGGAGAACCCAACUGGAAGAGCAACCGCCCUCUUGAAUUGGAAGCUCUUGGUGGUAGAAUUGUUGCCAGAAGAAGAUGCAGUUCUAGCACUGCUCCUAUGUAUUUCAAUACUCAAAAGUGUGUCUGAGAUGCGAAAAGAAGACGUGGGAAGCUUGUUGAUCAGAAGGAGAUUGAAAGAAGCAAAGCAAGGAACCAGAGAUUGGGGAUCCGUAGUACUUCAUCCUUCGUGUUCUUCUGGCAUCUCUUUGCCUCAUCUUCAACCCUGGCAUUGGAAUGCCAUGGCAGUGACAGCAGCCUCAAAUGGAACAGAUAAUUUCACUAAGCAACCGGCCUUCACAUAUUCACCCGUGGAAGGCGGUGAUAAGUUAUACAAGCGGGGGAUCAUUGCCUGACCAAGAAGACACCAUGUCUGUAUCAGCACACUCAAUCCUGCACAAUGUUGAGCAGUUGCUCAUAAUUUUGAUCUUUUCAGUAUGUGACCAUUCAUCAAACUGUACCAGCACAUACUCCAUCUUCAUUUUUUGGUUGGUUCGAUCAGUUUCCUGGGAAAAACGCCUCAAUCUGGAUUGGAGUAGCUGCAUAUUUGGUUCAACCUAGUAGAACAAGAAACUUUUAACUUCAUUCCUAGUGUAUUUGACAUUGGUUUUCACAGCAAAUUGAGAGAGUUGGACACACAGAGGAGGAUCUCAAACAGGUGCUUCCAAGGUCUACUGCAGAAACAUGACUUAGAAAAUUUGGUUUGUGUUUUGAUCUUUCAUCCACAGACAAAACUUGGGUUUGUACUCUUUUUCUUACCACAGCAUCUAGAAGAGGAAUUAGGAGAAAUCACUUGUUUUUUUUUUGUUUCACCUACUGUUUAUGAAAGCCAAUUCACUCAAAUGUUUUUGUAAGUAGAUUGAGAGACCUCAAUAUAGACCACGUUGUAUAAAAAAUUACCAAUUUUUCUAAAAGCUUAAAUUGUUA